GGUUGGGGAAUCACAUGUUUGGCAAUUACACACUUGUGUUUAUUUUGACCGAUUAGAUUACUUUAAUUCCGGUAUCAAAUCAUUUUUUUAUUACAGGCGACAAUUAAUAAAUACAAAUUUUGUAAUUUUAUUAUCGUAUCAUAAAUGAUAACUUGUGGCAUGUCCUUUUUUCUUUCUAUUUCUGGCUAAAAUUUCAAAAUAGUGACGCAGAAAGUUAAGUAGGUAGACUUGCUGCUUAAAAUAGUCUCGUAUUUAUUUUUAUUUGACUUUAUUUGAGUACAUCAUAAGAUCAUAAUGCAAAGUUUACUCAAUGAAAUCUUUGUCUCCUUAAACACAAUAUUAAGUAUUAAUUAAACACAGAUAAUAAUUAUAUCGUGUUAGCUAAAACCGCAGUUGCAUUUUCCUCCUCAGCAAACCGAAAAUUAUCAUUUCCGGGUACAGUUGUGGCCAAAAAAUUGUAAAAUAUCCAGGGUGUACAAAUCCAAACAUCUCGACCUGGCUGCCUUUUAACCCAACCUUCAACAGUAUGUCUUAAACCACUCAAUUUCACAAACUCACUAAGACUGAAAAACCGUCCACGUCUCACGUGGCCUAACUGAAAACAAACAAAAAAGUAUUUUACAUUAAACUAAAUAGAAAAAAAAUGGUAUGCCCCUCCUCUCACGUCAGUAAGCUUCUCUUGUCGGUUUUCGUCGCCGUCUUACUGUUUUACCUCUUCAUGGACUUCAAUCUGUACUUACGCAUCCAAAACUACCCCAUCGACCGGGGCGCUCUCGGCGACAACACCACCCUCACUUACAAAGACGUCACUUGGGUGACGUGCAAAAUCAACCCCUUGUGCGACGUCACUGUAAAAGCCGUACUGUUAGACCACACCAACUACUACCUGUUCGCCCCCUUGGUCACCAUCAUGGACAACAUCCUCGAAAUCUCCCACAUCCAAUACAUCACCCCCAACGCCAUCAGCGUCUUCCACGUCUUCGUGGCCAUCGUCAGCGCCAAGUGCAUUUCGAGCGACAGUUUGGCGUACCGCCGUGUGGGGGUGCUGUUGUUCGAAGUGCGGACUUUUCUCGACGACCUCGACGGCCACGUGGCCCGCGUCCGGAAAAACGUGAAAGGAGAAAGAUCCGAGAUUGGAACCACUGGUUAUUACGUGGACGGCAUCUGCGAUGCCUUGGGCUGCACAGCCCUCCUGAUCGGGACGUUCGUUUUCCUCAAAAAUAAUCCACCGAGACGUGGCUACAUGCAGUUGCCAACGUCGAGCGAUUCCAAAGACGCCAUCAUCUACAAGAGCAAAAUCACCUCGAAUAAGGUGUCCAAGAAGUUGUUCUGUUUCGCGGCCCAGCUGAUUCUGAGCUCGAUGGCGUGGAAUCGCUACAUUGCGCUCUAUCAGGACAUGCUGGAGAGGAAUGAUGUUUCGGUGGAGGAGUUUGUGAGGCAGAAUGAGGUGUUUAAAAGUACGUUUUUCUUCGGCGUCACGUGGUUGUGGAGGGUCGUUAAUGUGCACAAUAUGUUGCAUUGUCUGCUUUUGGGGAUUUUUUGUGAUAAGUUGUGGGAGUUUUUGAGGAGUGUACAGUAUGUAGGGUUUGUUAUUUUGUUGUUUGUUAUUGGGAUUACGGAGGUGAAUGUUACGGAAGUUAGGAAGUUUGUCGCGCAAAAAACAUACACUAACAGUACGAACUUUUAACAGUAAGCGGAUUGGUUGUCUUUUGUUACGUUUUUUUUAUUAAUUUAUGUUUAUAUUUUUUACGUCACUUUUUUUGAAAAAGCCAAAUUGUGCUUUCAUUUAAAAAAAUAACACAAAAAAGUUUAUUGUUGUUAUUUUAAUGGAAAACACGUUUUCUUUAGCCCAAACGAGUCACACAUGUGAGUGCGUAUGUUUAGUUACUAUAGAAAUGCGCUAAAAUUUGUGUGGAACUAUUGUUACAACAAUUAUUAACGUUGUUGUUGCUAUGGUAACAGUAGAAAUAUCAGUGUCAGGUUUUUUCAAUUAUGGUAAAAUUUCAAAAUUUCGUCAAUUCAGAGCGAUUACUGCAAAUUAGUGAUAUUUUUACUAGAAUUUACUUUAAAAAUAUUUUCAAAUCACUGAGAUUAAGUGAGACUUGUAAAAAAGCAAUUACAGUAUAUUAAAUAUUAUUACAUAUGAAAGGUUUGUCAGAUAAGAUUUGACAUAAAAAAAAUCAAGAAAAAAAACAUUUUGUUAUGCGCAAGGUGAGUCUGCUAAAAGCUAAAAGGAUAUUUCUACUACAUCUAAAAAAACGACUUUCGAGCUUUCUUUAUAUAUCUCUCUAUUCAUGUCAUUUUUUUUUUCAGAAUCUUCCACACUUUCCAUAAUUACUUGUUAAAAUUAAAAUUAAAAAUCAGUUUAAAAAAUGUUACUAGCCUUCAAAAAAAUAAUUACAUAAAAAGUGAAAUAAAUGUAAUUUUUGAUUAAAAAAAAAUUGUUGCUCAAAAUGUCAUUUAAGUAAGCAUCGUUUGUUUUAGAAGAAUACUAGAAAUAAUAAAAAUGCGUUUUUUUAAAAACAUCUUUCAGAAAUUAAAAACAAUAAUAAAUAGUUGAUUAUUCAACGAGUUUGAGUGUAAAUCGGACGCUUCAUUGCCGAGGUGAAAUAAAUGAACCAAUAUACACAAAAAACAACAUUUUAUUCUACGAAUUAGACUAAACAAGGCUUAAAAUUGCUUUAAAUUUGUUAAAAAUAAUCAUAUCGAGAAAUGCCAAACAGUUGUCAAAACUUUCAUACAUAGGAGAAAAACCGUAAAUUUUGACUGUGUUGAAGUUUAAAUGUCAUAGUAUAUUUUGGGAGUUACACAAUUUCUUUAAUUUUAAGUUAGAGUAAUUAAGAUCAUUUAUUUUAAAGAGUUUACUUUUAAGUGUAAACUAAUGCAAAGUACUGACAUUUUUUACUUCAGUAAAUUAAUAAGUUCAUGUAAAAAUGUUACUGCAAAAAAUUAUGUUGUUGCUCAAAAUAUUAUUUAAGGAUCGUUUCUUUUAGCAGAAUACCAGAAAUAAUAAAACUACAAUUAAUUAAUAUAUAUACAGGGUAAUUUUUGAAAAACGGCUUGAUCUGUAGAAUUUGUAUUUAUAACCCGAUUUCAGAAAUUAAAUGGAAGAUGCUGAAAGAAAAAUUAAAUGUUACAAUAUACUUUUGUGCUUUAUCCAAAUUCCUUGAUUUUAAAUUAAAGUUUUUAAAAUCAUUCAUUUUAAGGAAAGAGUUUGCUUUGAACAAGACAAUGUCAGUAUUUUUUAUUGAUACCAUGCAACUACAUUUUUAUAAAAAAAAUCUUCUUUAUGAUUUUUUUAAUAAUAAGAAAGUAGAACAAGACUAAUAUUUUCCAAAUUAUGAAAAGAAAACUGUGAGUCGCAAUAUGGAAUAAGAAAGUUGAAUAUGGGCUGAAAUUUACAGUGUCUCAAAAUUGGCGGAUUUCGAGUUCAAAGCGUUUUCUUCAAACUCAGGCUAAAAGUUUUAGUGUUUAUUGUUAUUUAGGGUGUAGAUGAAAUUUAAAUCAAUUUCUCGAAAAAUUAGCUUUAUUGUGAAGUAAAAUUUUUCUUUUUUCUUAAGAAUGAAACGGUAAAUUAAAAAAAACACAUUUUUUUCACUACAAAAUAAUUAGUUUUACUACAUUAGAAGCCAAUCAAUAUUUUUUUAAUUUUUGAAAUCUGGCCACAAAAAAAACUUCUGCAAAGCCUGCUGUUUUUUUAAGAUCCCCUUGUAUUUUAAAAUUAUUGAUUUUAUUAAUAGUAAUAUUUAUAAUUAAUUAAUAUUUACUGGGAGAAAAAAUACUGCAAUUUAUAUGCAUAAAAAAAUAUAAAGUACUUAAUAACAAACACUGGUUUCUGUACGAUUUGUAAUUUUUGAGGUACCUACAGGAAAAUACUUUUAGCAGAGUUACCCUGUAUUUCCAUAAAUAAUAUUUACAAAACAUUCAGUUUGUGAACAUCAAUUUUUGUCUUUUUUGUGUGAGUGCAUACAGGGUGAUUGAUCUAAAACCACAAACCUGACGAAUUUUGAAAACAAUAAUCAGUUAAAGUUUGGACAUCCUUGGAAAUGAGGUGUAGAUUAGGUGUAGUCUAGAUUAAUUAAUUUUUUAAGCAAGUUCGAUGAACAAUUUGUGUUAUUUUUUAAAAUACUGUCGCAAUUGGACAUUCACACCUUGUACAUUACUUUUAUCUACAAACAUUUUUAUCACAAUGAGUUGUAUUACAACCAAAAAUCAGGUCAGCUGUGACAACAAGUUGCCAAAACUUGAUUGUCGAUUGUCGCGGCCAACUUUUUUAAUAUCAGUCAGUAUUUAAUUUGUCACUCUUGACCGGAUGUGGUUUUUAAACGGUGGCAUAAUUUAAUCAAAUUUUUAAAAGGUUGUCGCCGUUUUGCGGUUUUCCUCUUCCAAAUGCCUAUUUUUAAACGAUAUAUAACUUGUGAUAUAUUUGCUUAGAUUGUCUCGAAGACUGUGAUCUGACCACAUCCAUAAAAACGAGUCAAAGUGACAGUUUGUGGCCUACUUUGACUCGUUCAUUGCCUAGGCUUUCAAGCUCAUGUAAAUGUAGUUGAACGAACUUAAUAACCAAGGCUUAAUUAAUUGUGUCAUUCUCAUAAUAUAUAUUGUUAUUGGUAUGCUCAGGCGAGAUUUUCAUCUUAACAUAAUUUUAUUAUUGUCAGAUUUAAACAAACGAGAUUUGUAUUAGAUUGUAGUCACAUCGAGUGUAUUUUUGUAUUUUAUUCGUUUUAAAGCAAUAACCACAUGCACUGAAUAUACUAGUCUCUUGUUUUUUAUUUAUGUAAGAAGGUGCACUUCCGGCAAUCAUGAUAUUAAUUUCGGUACUUGCCAGUUAAGUUUUUUUUGUAUUGUAGUAUAUACUUUGUUACGUAAAAAUCAAUGUACAUUGGAAUGGUGUUUAAGCUUAAAUAAAUAAGUUGCUUUAUUAAAAAA